AGUAGCAUUGUGAGCGUGGUCGGAACAGCGCGCGAUCGCUUGCGUGCGCGCAACGAUACCGCGCAGUCUGGAACGCGCCCAAACCGCGCAACUUCAAACCAUUCACAGUAUCGGCAUGAUUUUCUUUUAAAAAAACAAUACAAUUCCGCGUAUCGAGUUCGCACGAUUUUAUCGAAACUUUUGUAUCUGCGUAACAUCGAUUACUCAAUACGUGUACAUAAGGAUGCCAAGAUUACAUAACGCGCCCCAUAUUCAUCCGGUGAUGGAGAAAAGUGACACAUUUAGUAUAGUGGAUGUCCACUUAAGUGAUAAUUCAGAUAAGGACAAAAACAAUUUGAACGACUUAAAAGAUUUGGAUGAAGAUCAAAAUAAAAACACUAUAUCACCCUUUACUACUGUCAUCAAAAUUCAACGCGACCGAGGCGAGCGAGACUACAUCGGUUUCGCAACGCUGCCGGAGCAGGUGCAUCGCAAAUCAGUGAAGCGAGGGUUUGACUUCACGCUCAUGGUCGUCGGGGAGUCUGGCCUCGGGAAGUCCACCCUCAUCAACAGCUUAUUCUUAGGCGAUCUCUAUAAAAACAGAAAAAUACUCGAUGCACAAGACAGGAUAGAAAAGACGACAUCUAUAGAGAAAAAGACCAUGGAAAUAGAGGAGCGAGGCGUUAAACUCCGAUUGACCAUCGUGGACACCCCAGGCUUCGGCGACGCCAUCAACUGCGAGGACUCGUGGCGCGUGUGCUCCGCCUACAUUGAUGAACAGUUCCGACAGUACUUCACCGAUGAGAGCGGCCUGAACCGACGACAUAUGCAAGACAAUAGAGUCCACUGCUGCCUCUACUUCGUUCCGCCAUGGGCCCACAGUUUGAGACAAGUGGACCUAGAAAUGAUGAAGCGUCUUCACCGAAAGGUCAACAUAGUGGUGGUGAUUGCAAAGGCAGACUCUCUUACUGCUGCUGAAGUUAAAAGACUCAAAACGCGCAUUUUGGCAGACCUAGAUGAAAACCAAAUUCAGGUGUAUCAGUUCCCGGAGUGUGAUAGCGAUGAAGAUGAAGAGUUCAAGCAACAGGACCGCGAGCUGAAGGCAGCGGCGCCGUUUGCGGUAGUGGCCGCUGAUACAGUCCUAGAGGUCGGCGGAAAACGUGUGCGCGGCCGCCAGUACCCAUGGGGCAUCGUCGACGUAGAGAAUCCUCGUCAUUCAGACUUCACGAAGCUACGCACGAUGCUCAUAUCGACGCACAUGCAAGACCUGAAAGAUGUGACCCAGGACGUGCACUACGAGAACUUCCGCGCCCAAUGCAUCUCACAGAUAUCGCAGCACGCUAUGAGGGAAAGAGGGAAAUUGAAAAGAGAUUCUAUGGGCAACAACAAUGAAGUAGUGAUCACAGACACAGACCGCUUACUUUUACAGAAAGACGAAGAGAUACGGCGUAUGCAAGACAUGUUGACACAAAUGCAAGAAAAACUCAAAGCUUCCGACAAAAAACACGACAGUAUUAUAGACGUAUAGAAUAGACUGCAUUGUAUAGAGUAGUUUCACGAGACACAUGUUAAUUGUAUUUAUUAAUAAGAGCAAAUAUUAAAAACCUCUUUAGAAAAAUUUGAUGAAUUUAGAUUUUUGAUACUUAUGUUAUAAUAUAUUUGUUACUUAUAAUUAAAUUAAUUAUUACCAAUAAUGCCGCUACAUAAUGUUACAUCAUUUUAAUAAAUUGGUGUACUAUUACUAAAUACAUUUAGUAUACAUGAAAAAUAUUUAUCAUGUGAAUAAAGAGCAAAAUUGGAACACUUAACUACUAACUUUUAAAAUGAUUAAAAAAACUUAGCAUAAAUUGGGCAGCAUCUUGCCUUCAGCAGUGUUAAUAUAUUAAAAAUACAGCGACGAUUUGUUAAUUCGAUGUAAUUAUUACACUCGUUUUAGUCAAUGAUGUAUUUAUUGAAAUAUUUUAUAAAAAAUAAAAUAUAUGUAUUGUUACAAUUGAUCAUCCCAAGAAAGAUUCAGGACAAGCGAAGUGUGGGCAGGAGAAGAGUGUGAUGGCCUAAAAAAGUUCGCCAAUGGUUCGGAAGAGGCACUCGGUCGUUAUUUAGGGCAGCAGUAUCGAAGGUGGAAAUUGCCAUAAUGAUCCCAAACU